AUGACGCAGCUGGCACCAUCACAUACUGGUGCCAGCGCGGCUGCGAUUGCACCGGUUCAGACCAAAGCCAACAGCUUCAACGCAAGUCACGAAGAUCCAGACGAUGGAGCCUAUCCUUCCUCCGAAAGUGAUGAUGACGGGGCUGCACAAGCGGGCGGGGCAACCACGGAGACACGGUCGUUACUAGCGAUGGGCGACGAGCAAGCUUCGCUCCAAGACAAGGCAUCUGCGGCAUCAAUUGGACCGGUCGCCAACGGCAAACGUCGCACGCCACUCAAGUGGACCGAAAUCAUCUGGGUCACACUGACACUCUCGCUCAUAGCCAUCCUGGGCUACUCAUCACAGCUACGCAUCAUGCUGCCCUACUAUCACAAAACGCCCUCCUUCUCACCGCGAGCGCUAGCAGCCGUCCUCGUGCCCUUCAACCUCGGCCUGCUGGGAAUCUUUUUCAACUACUGGUUGUGCGUCACCACCGAUCCCGGCGCUGUACCUCUAGGGUGGCAGCCCGAGUGGUCAGCUCUCGACCCCAUUGCACCCCUCCCUGCCGACUCGACGGCAGAACAGGAACCGUCCAUAGAACUAAAACAGGCCAUCUAUCGUCCUCGCUACUGCAAGACGUGCUCUGCGUUCAAACCACCCCGAUCGCACCACUGCAAAACCUGCCGCCGGUGCGUCCUUCGCAUGGACCACCACUGUCCCUGGCUAGCGAACUGCGUCGGUCACUUCAACUACCCGCACUUCAUCCGCUUCCUGCUCUACGUCGACAUCACCUGCGCCUACCACCUGGUGAUGAUCUCUUGCCGUGUGCUGGACAAGUUCAACUCGUACACGUAUUGGAGGGAGCCUUCGGGACGAGAGCUCGUGUGGCUGGUGGUGAACUAUGCGCUCUGCAUACCGGUGAUUUUGCUGGUAGGCGUGUUCAGCGGGUACCACUUCUACUGCGUCGCGGUGAAUCAGACGACCAUUGAGGGGUGGGAGAAGGAUAGAACUGCGACCAUGGUGAGGAGGGGAAGGGUGAGGAAGGUCAAGUAUCCGUAUGAUUUGGGGGUGAGGCGGAACGUGCGAGAGGUUGUGGGAAGCAACCCGUUGACGUGGUGCUGGCCGGGGAGAGCGAUGCGCGGCGAUGGGCUGAAGUACCCCGUGGCGAGUGGUUUAGGUAAGUACAAGAGUCGGUGGCGAGUGCAGACGACAAUGCAGGACUGCGACGAGCCGGUCCAAAUGGAGGAGUUGCUGAUCGACGAGGAGACGUAUGUGGAUCCGGAAUUGGAAGCGAACACCUCCGCGCAAUACAGAUGGCCACCCAAAGACCCCACCAAAGCCACCACUCCAUUCUCCUCCCACGGCUGGCGAGCCGACGGCACACAAGCACCGGACCUCUUCGCCCCACUACCACCUGGAGCGACCUCGUCCACACCCUUCACGUACGGUUCUGGCUUCAAUCCGAAUCUUCGACCUACGAAUUCGGGCAUGCGGUAUCGAGGAACCCAUCGACUGGGGCAAGCGAGCGAGGAUGGUGAGGAAAGCCUUUCCAGCAAUUCCGACGACGAGAUCGACCACACAAGUGCUUACCGUCACGGAAUGGGUAUGGCCGAACCGGACGCCGACGAACUAGCCGCUCUCGACGACGACCCCACCGCCUACACUCAGCCUUCUCAAUCCUACCCACACACCUACGACUCGUACUCGGACGACGACGACGCACAAGCCAUCGACUCCGAUGUCGACGACAGUAGCGACGACGACUUCCACCCCAGAGUAGCCAUCCGACGCGGUUCCGAAGGCUACGAAGUUCGUCCUCUUGCCGCUUGGACCGUGUAG